AUGGACAAUUCAGUAUCUAUAGAUUUUGCAAACUUACUGGAAAAUCCUGAAGAUUAUAACAUAAAAAUUUUAGUCGGUGAAGAACCAAACGUCAAAGAAUUUAAGGCACAUAAGUUUAUCUUAGUUAGUAGAUCAGAUUAUUUCCAAAGAGCAUUAUCUUCACAAUGGGAAAGAGCGGAAAACGGAAUUAUUGUUUUCAAAAAACCUAAUAUUUCGCCUUCG